CCGUUGGUGGGGUCUUCUUUUGUACUCUUAAACAAAGUAGUAUAAUUUGCUUAUAUACCCAUGUUUUGCUUCAGGGAGUAGUUUCAGUUUUCACUGCUUUGUUUCUGUUAUCUUUUUUUUCCUUUGAUGGUUGGCUGAGGCCUGAGAGAAAUGAAACAUCUGGGAGAUUGAGUUCCAGUUUUUCUUUUUCUUUUUUGGAAGUUUAAAGAAAAAUUGGGUUUCAAUUUCAAUUAAGUCUCCUGCUGAUCACUAUAUGUAUUACUCUCUGUGAUAUAUCAGUUGAUGGAUCAUCAGUAAGAGGUUCAUGGCCGCCACCAAUAGGAAUGCCUGCAGAAACACCAGCCAUUCAUCCUAUCGGGCUAGGUCUACCACCAUCAACACAUCCAGAUCCAGUGCCCUCUCUGACACGAACUCCUCCCGGCUUUGGCAGGACUAGAAAUGGAAACUUGGCUGCUUCCCCUUCUAGCAAAGUGUUCCAUCAUUCUUCGUCUUCAAUGUAUCACUCUCCAACUAAAGCCAUCCAUCCACACCAUGCCUUGAAGCCUUCAAGAAUUUCGGUUGCACCUACUGCACCAUCUUUUGGAUACCAUGGAAAGAAUCGGAUGCACGGUCCUGCAUCCUUACGUUCAAUCUGGUUUUAUAAGCAUCAUCAUGCAAAGAAACAUUUUAGAAACUUGGCUCCUCGACCCUCCUAUUCAAUUCAUCAACCUGCUUACAGGCAGCAAGGUCUAAUUCUCUCCCUUGGUAGCCCUUAUUAUUCCAAGAGGAGAGAAGGCCUUGCACGAAGCAUGAUAGCUGUGAUUAUUCUGUCAUCUUUUUCAGCCUUUGUUGUAUGCUUGGGGAUCAUUUGGCUUAUUGUUUGGAAAUACGGAGCUUGCAUCAAAGAACCAGAAAAUAUACGGAAAACUACAACAGUUUCUCCACCCAAACCAUCAGGGUCAGCUAGGGCUGUUACGCAAGGAAGCAAGUCCAGUGCUGCAUCAAUAUCUAUUAGUUCCAGUGUGAUGACAUGUACUGGAUUGGCAAAGAACUUCACCUUGAAUGAUAUAGAAAGAGCAACAAAUAGCUUCGAUGCUUCUCGGGUGAUUGGUGAAGGAGGUUUUGGCAUUGUCUAUAGAGGUAGUUUGGAUGAGGGAGCUGCAGUGGCUGUUAAAGUUCUGAAGAGGAAAGAUCAACAUGGGGGACAAGAAUUCUUGGCAGAAGUAGAGAUGCUUAGCCGCCUGCAUCAUAGAAAUCUGAUUAAAUUGAUUGGUAUUUGCGCCGAAGAAAAUAUUUGUUGUCUCGUCUACGAACUUGUUCCGAACGGAAGUCUUGAAUCCCAUUUACACGGAGCUGAGAAGGAAACCAAUCCACUUGACUGGGGUGCCCGAAUGAAGAUUGCACUUGGUGCUGCUCGAGGCUUAGCUUAUUUACAUGAAGACUCUAGUCCCAGGGUUAUACAUCGAGACUUCAAAUCCAGCAACAUCUUGCUGGAACAUGAUUUUACACCUAAAGUUUCGGAUUUUGGAUUGGCUAGAACCGCAAUGGAUGAAGGGAACAAAUACAUCUCGACACAUGUAAUGGGAACAUUUGGUUACUUGGCUCCAGAGUAUGCAAUGACAGGUCACCUUCUUGUCAAAAGUGAUGUUUAUAGUUAUGGGGUGGUCCUACUUGAGCUCUUAACAGGGAGGAAACCUGUGGACUUAUUGCAGCCCCCAGGUGAAGAAAAUCUCGUUGCAUGGGCUCGUCCACUCCUAACAGACAAGGAAGGUUUAGAAACCAUCAUUGAUCCAGUCAUAAAAUCUGAUAUCUCAGUAGAUAGCAUUACUAAGGUUGCAGCGAUUGCAUCAAUGUGCGUGCAGCCAGAAGUAUCUCAUCGUCCGUUCAUGGGUGAGGUUGUUCAAGCAUUAAAACUUGUAUGUAACGAAUUUGAUGAGAAAAUGGAGGUAGAAUCAAAAGCUGACAUCCAGGAGGACUUUCCUACCACUGUAGAUAGUAAGCUUAGUAGACUUCCAAGUGAGCUUGGGGAAACUUCAGAGACCUAUCACCCAAUACCUGGCUAUGAUUAUAGCCGUGAGAGCAAUAUAGCACUUUGUGCAUCAGAUUUUCUGAGCAUCCCACCAGGGCUUGAGGUGCAGGAGCCUGGAUCGUUUAGGAGGCACUCGUGUUCGGCCCCUCUCCGAACAGGAAGGAGAAGGCAUUUCUUGCAGAGAAUAAGAAGUUUAUCGAGAGGCAGUCGAAGUGAGCAUGGAUUUUCAGUCAAAUUUUGGUGAGGCUCUCGUUAGAAUUUUGUUAAAACCCUUUUCAUUGAAGUUACAAUUAGAGUUGGUUUUUUUUU